CAUCAACCAACAUUGUUUUGCAUUGGAUUCCUUUCCUCCUGCUCCUCUCGUCUCUCUCAAUUCUGAUUGACUUUCUGCUGCGAAUACCUUUAGCUGAGAUGCCUCAGCCGAAACGCGUCGUUCUUAGGUGUCGUGAGCAGUAUGUCACAGACGAUCAAGCUGUGAUGAAAGACUUUUUCGAUUCGCAAGAUCUCGGAUCUUAUGAAGAACUCACGUCUUUGAAUGAUCUCUUCGUACACUUUGUCUUUGAUGAACGUUCCCCUUCCAGCCUAUUUCUCGUCCUUGAUGUUCAUUGCAAAGAAUUUCCAGACGUUGAUCCUAGCACCCUGGAACUUCAAGUAUUCAAAGUUUCUAAACCGAACUCAUUUGCGUUUCGAGACCUCGGAGAGGCUGCUUGUAAGCAGGCCCAACCACGAUCUGUGAAGAUAGGAUGGGGGACAAACAAGUCUGUCAGUCGGAAGAAUUAGACGGUGUAUACCCUUUGCAUAUAGGGCAGUCUCCAGCCACGUUCGUAUCUUGGGCAUCAAGGUCCAGUGGGAGAUCUCUCUGAAAUCCGGUUGAUGACCGGCAUGGUACGACUCCGUUUUGAGGUGC